AUUAGAAAUAAAAAUCGGAUUUUUAUUUUCCAACACUAUCUUUCUCUUUCUCUCUCUUACACGGAAGGAGUCGAAAGAGAAACACUUUCCGACUUGGGUAAGAAAAUAUUUUUUGAUGGGUUGUUGUCAAUCCUUGUGUUCCCGUGAAAACCCACUUGGGAAAGAUGGAGCUCAGCCGUCACAACUCUCUCAGAACAGCCACGGAGGCGUUACGGCGGCUGAUAACGGCGGAAUCGGAGGAGGCGGGGGUAGUGCUGUAGGCGGCGGAGGAGGAGGAGGAGGAGGUGGAGGAGGAAUCCCAUCUUUCUCUGAGUUCUCUUUCGCUGACCUUAAAGCAGCCACCAACAACUUCAGUUCCGACAACAUCGUAUCAGAGAGUGGUGAGAAAGCCCCAAAUCUUGUUUACAAAGGCCGACUUCAGAACCGUCGUUGGAUCGCUGUCAAGAAGUUUACUAAGAUGGCUUGGCCUGAGCCUAAACAAUUUGCUGAAGAGGCUUGGGGUGUGGGGAAAUUGAGGCACAAUCGGUUGGCGAAUUUGAUUGGAUAUUGUUGUGAUGGAGAUGAAAGGCUUCUUGUUGCUGAGUUCAUGCCUAAUGAUACUCUUGCUAAGCAUUUGUUCCAUUGGGAGAAUCAGACUAUCGAAUGGGCUAUGAGGUUGCGAGUAGGAUAUUACAUAGCUGAAGCUUUGGAUUAUUGUAGUACUGAAGGUCGUCCAUUGUACCAUGAUUUAAAUGCUUAUAGGGUUCUCUUUGAUGAGGAUGGUGAUCCUCGGCUCUCAUGUUUCGGAUUGAUGAAGAACAGUAGAGAUGGUAAAAGUUAUAGCACAAAUCUAGCAUAUACACCACCUGAAUAUCUAAGAAAUGGAAGAGUGACCCCUGAAAGUGUUACUUAUAGCUUUGGAACUGUCCUUCUGGAUUUGCUUAGCGGAAAGCACAUCCCUCCAAGCCAUGCUCUUGAUAUGAUACGUGGCAAGAAUAUUAUUCUGUUGAUGGAUUCACACCUUGAAGGAAAGUUCUCAACAGAAGAAGCUACCGUAGUUGUCGAACUCGCCUCUCAGUGUUUGCAAUAUGAGCCUCGAGAGAGACCCAAUACAAAAGAUCUUGUUGCAACACUUGCACCAUUGCAAACUAAAUCAGACGUUCCCUCUUAUGUGAUGCUUGGAAUAAAGAAGCAAGAGGAGGCACCUUCGACUCCACAAAGGCCACUUUCACCAUUAGGUGAGGCCUGCUCAAGAAUGGAUCUCACAGCUAUUCAUCAGAUUUUGGUCAUGACACAUUACAGAGACGACGAAGGCACAAACGAGUUAUCAUUCCAAGAAUGGACGCAACAGAUGAAAGAUAUGCUUGAUGCACGGAAACGCGGUGAUCAAUCUUUCCGCGAGAAAGAUUUCAAAACAGCCAUUGACUGUUACUCACAGUUCAUAGACGUUGGAACAAUGGUGUCUCCAACUGUUUUUGGUAGGCGAAGUCUAUGCUACUUACUAUGCGAUCAACCAGACGCAGCACUACGUGACGCGAUGCAAGCACAAUGCGUGUAUCCAGAUUGGCCAACGGCUUUCUACAUGCAGUCUGUAGCGUUAGCGAAGCUGAAUAUGAACACAGACGCAGCCGAUAUGUUGAACGAAGCAGCUCAGCUCGAAGAGAAGAGACAACGAGGUGGCAGAGGAUCUUGAUCCUUGAGACACAAAGUGUUACAUCUUGUUGUAAAAAAAUUAACGAGCUUCAAGAAUUCUUUUUAAGAAGAAGAAAGAGAAAACCGGUUAAAACUUGUUGCUAUGAUUGUUGAUUGGGGAUGUAAUGUAACCAUAGGGAGAGAAGAAAAUUGAUGUUUGUUUGUUUGUAUGCAAUACAUGCUGUAAGUUUUAAUGGACAAGAGUUUCGAAAAUACAAAUUGCUCUUUUAUGGAUCA